ACAGAGAGCGCUCGUUUGUUGCCACUUGUUUGAGAUCGCACGCUCCUCAAGAGAGAGAGAGUGUGUGUGUGAGAGAGAGAGAGAGAGAGAGAGAGAGACACGCGGUCAAACUGAGCCUUAUCUACCGCAGUGGGUCACUUAAUAAGAGCCAUUUGGUGCCAGAGGCGACCCGGUGCGCGCAGGAGCCGCAGUCAGGGGCAGAUUAUCUUAAUAAGAGCAGCAGUCAUAAUCUCAGAGGCCAGCAGCAGAGAGCACAUUGCUCCACACAGGGAAGGAGGAAACACACAGACACGGAAGAGAAGAGAGUGAAAGAGAGGCAGAGUGAGGGACGGACGGCAAGGCAAGCAGUUUAACUUUUACUCUGCUGGAUAAAAAUAACAACAACAAAAGGCUAAAAAGACAAACAAAACGUGAAAGCCAAGAAGCCGGAAAGUGUUGGUGAAGAUGCCGCGGGUAGUCCCGGACCAGAGGAGCAAGUUUGAGAAUGAGGAGUUUUUCCGCAAGUUGAGCAGAGAGUGUGAGAUUAAAUAUACUGGGUUCAGGGACCGACCCCACGAGGAGAGACAAGCUCGCUUCCAGAACGCCUGCAGAGACGGACGGUCAGAAAUAGCCUUUGUAGCUACAGGUACCAACCUCUCUCUCCAGUUCUUUCCAGCCAACCUGCACGGAGAUCAGAGGCAGGUUCCUACAAGGGAGUAUGUGGACUUUGAGAGGGAGACAGGAAAGGUGGCGGUAACGAGCCAAGAUAAGCAGCAAUGCGACAGCAAAGGCAGUGAAGAAGAAGACCGCAAGCAAGUCCAUUUAAAGGCCCCUAUGAUCUUAAACGGGGUGUGUGUGAUCUGGAGAGGCUGGAUCGACCUACAGAGGCUGGAUGGGAUGGGAUGCCUGGAGUAUGAUGACGAGAGGGCGCAGCAUGAAGAUGCUUUGGCCCAGGCAGCCUUUGAAGAGGCUCGACGCAGAACCAGAGACUUUGAAGACAGAGACCGAUCGCACAGAGAGGAUCUAGAGGACCCUGUGGUUUCUAAAAUCUGGGACUGAUGACACACAGACAGACAGCCAGCAGAAAAGAACAGGACGACAGCAGGACCACAGCCCUGGCUCAAACAUGGCCAACGCUGAUGUAGAACACAAGAUGCGCUGAGGAGGACAAGGAAGUAGUGGAGAGAGGAAGAGGAGAAAACCAGGGCUGGCUGUCCAUUCACUUUAAAUACAAUCAACUGGGGAAACAAAUGUCAAUUGAAGCUGCAAUUGUAGACCAAUUGUUCACCAUUAUUUCCUAAGUGGUUUGAAAUGAUCAUUUUCACACGCCAAACAUUUUUUGAGAUAUUUAAAUUUAGAAGACAAUAAACUUCCUGAAGUGAUUGAAUUGAAAGUGAAGCAAGCCCUAGAAAAGAAGGAUUAAAGGACACAACAGACCUGGGCAAAAAGUAGUUGAAUAUAUUUAAAAACAGAGGAAGGAAAAUAAGCUGAUGUGAAGGUGUUUAUUGAGUCACAUGAGUGUUUCAGAUACAUAAAGUGGAGAACCAGACAUCAAAAACUUUGAUAUCUUUUGUCCAGGUCUUCAAGCAUUUAUUGGAUAGGGGUAGAUACAAAUACCAAAAGUAUAUUUUCUAUUAAUACAAGAUGUUGAAAAUAGAGGUAGAGGGGUUGUAAGAGGUUAAAAAUGUUAUUGGGGGGUGGGGGUGGGCAGAAGCCAGAAAGAGCAGAGCAAACGUGAGGUGUUGAUAAAAAAAAAGAACAGAAAAUAGAAGCGAUUCUGCAUUGUUCAGUGUUGUGCAACACUUCACAUUUGUGAACAUGCCCUUAUUAACCCCUGCUAUACCUUGCUCCCUUCCUGAAACCUGCUGUUUUCUUAGACCAAAGUUUACGUUGCUGGAAAGGGAGGGAGGGGAGGGAGCGAAUAAAAGUAGGGGAAACUGAGUCACACUUUAAAAAGUGGGCAGGAGGGAAGAGCUCAUCCAGAGAGAAUUAUGCAAGGUUGUAGGGCUGAGAAGUGUUUGCUACUGUGAUAUUCAUGAUCACUUUAAACCAUCCUUAUGGUGAGAUGCGCAUGAUUGUAGAAUCACAGGUUAUGUGGCAAUAACCUUGAGGCAGGACGGUUAGCAAAGAAAACUACUACAAACUCUGCUGUCUUUGGCUCUGGAAGCGGUUUGGGGUGGGGUAAAUUUUAACGUCCUUUGUCUUCUGAGGGGUUUUGCACUAUGUGAUACAAUCAGAUUUGUUCUCCAAGUGGAUUUUCUUUAUAUGCAUGAAACCAAACACAGGCCUACCUAUGUUCUUUAUUGUUCCCUAUGCAGCCUAUUUAUCGUGAGAGCACUCACUUAACAGCGCUUUGAUAAGGAAUAACUGGGUGAUUCAAGGCUAUGUCACUGUGAAGCCAAAUUUAAGGGUACUCGCAAGCUCAAAAAAGCACAAAAGCAUCUGGUUUUUUUAAACAAGGUUAUGUUUGUGUCCUAAUGAGACACUUGAGCAGAGAAAAUGCCACUUUUGUUGGCCAAUGCGUCACCCAGGUGCACUGAGAAUCAGAUCAAAUGCCACUCUGUGGUGACCGUGCAUGAAAAUGGUGACCCCUAUCCUUUAGUAUCUGUAUACACCUCUGAUCAAAAAAUUAAGCAUAUUUCUUUUUCAGGGCUACAAGGUCAUCAUUACAUUGCAUCGCCGUGGUUUUAAAUUUUUAAGGAUUUAAGUGGUGCUUUAUGGGUUGAGAAAAGUGUCCUAUAUUUAAAAAAAAAAGAAAAAAUGCAGUGUCACACAGCCUUUGCUCAUGAAAAGUUUUGGUGAUACAUGGUUUUCACCGGACAGUGAUGAUGAGUAACAUGCUACUUAGUAUAACAUGCUACUAUUCCAAUUGAUAUCAGGCAAGACACAAGUUCACAUCCACCAGUUGCAUUUGUCACAUGUUACUUCUGUCACCUUAAAUAUAAAAUAAUCGGAUUGCAAUCAACAUUGAUAAUUACUCAGCUUAGAUGAUAGACUAUGCUCUCUAUGGUACCAAUUCAGUUUAGUUAGAAUCCAACUAUUGAUCGAUCAAUCACCCAGAUAUUCCUCAUCAUUAAAGAACUGUAAACGCCUAAAUGCAGUCUACUAUUUCCUGUCCUGUUACAGCACUAGUGUAAUGAAAUGGUUUUGUUAUCUUAUCGUUUUGUUUGUGUGAAAGUCAUGAUGUUUACUUUUUAUAUUACUGCUCACUUCUGUAUAUGUACUCAUUUCUGUUCAUCUUUCAGCUUUGUUAUCAACUAGUAGUAGUAGCAGUAUGCUAUUUUAUGUCAAGUUGAGUGGAAAUUUACAAAUUGUCUCCAGAAAUGUGGGAGUUUGGAGGACUUUUGUUGCUUUGUUUUUCAAUGUUCCAUGUGUUCCUUUUAUUAAUGUUAUUUUUAUUGUUUGUUUUUUAAAGGUAAUCCACUUCCUGGGUUAAAUACAUUGAAUGUGGAUUUACUCAAGUCCUGUUAUUAGGCGGUAUAAAUGUUUUUAUAUUGUGCAACUAGAAGCUCACUUCAUUUUCCAGUGCAGUUAUUUACAGUUAGUGCACUCAACGGUUUUAUUAUAAUUAUUAUAACCAAGAAAAAUCUUAUGUUUAUUCAUGCUUUUCUGUUUUCCCUGUAUGACUUAUUAAGAAUUUUAAUGAGCUAAGCAAACUGGUGAUUUUGUAUCCAUUGAUAGUCAUGUGUUUGUAACAUUUUACAAGAUGUUUUGGAGUAAAGAAAUGUUGUUGCUAAAAAUAAUAGUAUAAAUUUAAAUAAAAAAGUGAAUUGGAAGCUCAAACAUGAUAAACUUGAUGAUAGGACCCCAGCUGGUCCACAGAGAGGUUGUAUGAUUUUAAAAGAACAUGCAAAAUAACUCAAAGAAACUGCUUAAGCCACAAUGGUAACACAUUUGUCAACUUUUCUACAGACUCAUUAGCAAAAACUCUCAAGGCCAAAUCAUCAAGCUCAGGGUGCAACUGAAAACAAAGCAGGAAUUUUAUCCUGACUUUUGGAUACUACAUGGCAGGACUUAAUUGGGGUAACCUAAGGUCAGAUAAUUAACUCUCUCAUUGGUAGCCUUUGUUAAUUUUUUACACACAGAGAUUUGGGAGACUAGGGAGAAAAGCUUAAAUGUUUAAAUGUUUCUCAGAGCGUACUGAUCCUGCAGUCAGCUGGCUGUGUGACUGUUCCUUAAUAAGUUAAAAAUGUGGAAAACACACUUUCUGUGUGAGGGAACCUUCAGUGUGAUAAGCGGUCGAUUUAAGGUUAAGGGGUUAGAGGAAGGCAUUAGAACAAGUGGGAGCAUAAAAUGGGUUGUGGCCCAAGAUGCAGCUCUUGUCAUGUGGGUGAAAGCUGUCAUAGAUUUGCGUGUACAGUGGCUGUUUCCACAAAGUUGAAUAAUUCCUCAUAUGCAUCCAGUGUAGAAAAAGUUAAAGGAGCCCAGCCGUACAGAUCAGGACAGUAGUGCAAGAUAGAAAUUAAAAUCAGUGGAAACAGACAGAGCAUUGGGUAUGAAUUGGUACAAUGAGAGGUGAGGUGUAGGUGGACAGUCAGGGGCAGUUGGGAUGAUUUAGCCUGGGCACCAGGCUUUCUGUAGGUUUUUGGACAUCAGUAAGUCAAGAAUUAAUUGGUUUUGUGUGUACUACAGCUGGACAGUGGUCAAUCAAGCUGUUUCCUGGUUGACUCUUAGAAAAAAAACACCACCCAUUGGUGAUCUCAUGAAAUCUACCCUAUCUGUAUAAACUAGCACAUCUCUUGGUCAGCUCUUUAUGGAUUUAAACAGUGCGCUCAGGUGAUGAAACAUUAGUGAGGGACUGAUUGUAAAUAACAAACUAAGUCAAAUGUCGAGGUUGUAUUUAGAAAGUGACCCCAGUGUAUCACCCUGUCCCACUACACCCACCUAGUUAAUCAUUUUGCCAUUAUUUAGAUGGUUGCCCAUGUAAACACCUUAGUUGAUCCCUCAGUUUUCUUAAUGCAGGCAUUAAGGCAAAAAAUAAACCAACAUUUUCUUUCUUUUUUUUAACCUAAACUGUUUAUCUUCUUAUUUGUACUUAGUAGUUAUUUAUACUUUGGUUUUAUUUAGAGAUCCAAAAAAGAACUCUGUGAUAUUUAGUUGCUUUGUUCUUCCUGUGUGUGUGGUCUGUCUUUCCCUCUGUUUUAGGGUUGAGCUUGUCCUCUUAGAGGAAAAUGAAAUAUGAGAUAUUCAAUUUUAAAUGUUGGAUGUUUUUCAUAAUAAACAUGAAUGAAUUUA